CUUAGUGUGGCUCUUAGCUGUUUCUGGACUUAUGUGGCAUAGGCCUACCGGCAACAACAAACAUGGCGCCGAGGAAAAGGAAUACAACUCAAAACACCAACAACAGCAGCCAAAACCAGUCGAGGAAAAAGGGAUCUAAGAGACAAGAUGAUAAGAUCAGGGAGAUGAGUGAAACGGAAGGAAUUCCGUGGUCUUACCUUGCACUUGUUCUCCUUCUUGCUGCAGUCAUUGGAGUUGCCCACAGAAAUCAUAUAGCUGGCAUGUUUGAGAGGGAUCGCCAUUUUUCACAUCUGUCUACUCUAGAGAGAGAGCUUGCUUUUCGUACAGAAAUGGGGCUGUAUUACUCCUACUACAAGACAAUGAUAGAGACUAACACGUUUAACAACGGGCUGAAUAAGAUUAUGUACGACAAUAUCACCGAGUACCCCCUCACGAUCAACACUCUGAAACGAUUCAACUUGUACCCAGAGGCAGCAUUGGCAGUGGGAUACCGGGCUUAUGAAAGUUUCUGGGCUUACCUGAAAAAACCUACUAAGCAGUGCUGGACUGUUAACCGAGGAGAGGGCAAAACUCCCGUACAGAGCUGUGAAGGUCUAGGAGAACCAUCCUAUUUCUACAUAGAAAAUGUCUUUUUCCUCAAUGGAGUAAUGAUGAGUGUCUUCUUCCUCUUUGGUACAUACCUGAGUGGCAGUGUUUUUGGUGGAAUUUUGACCGUUGCAAGCUUUUUCUACAAUCAUGGUGAGUGCACCAGAUCUAUGUGGACUCCACCCCUGAGGGAGAGCUUCGCCUACCCAGUCUUUGUGGUCCAGAUGUUACUUGUCACACACGUCAUCAAAAUGCGUAUUCCCAGUUACAAAUUUAGUGGUCUCAUUGCCCUCAUCACUGUGAGCUUCAUGUUGGCAUGGCAGUUUGCCCAGUUUGCACUCCUUACUCAGACACUUGCUGUGUUUGCUACCUACGCCCUUGGUUACAUUGGAUCACACAAGGUCAAGGUCAUCAUGAUGGGUCAGCUGACUGGGUUACUGGUCAGCUUUGCUGCCUUAUUUGGGAAUGAGAUGCUUCUAACGUCAUUUUUUGCAUCCUGUCUUGUGACUGUUAUGAUCAUCGUCAUCUUAGAGCCUUAUCUGGAGAAGCUGAACUACAGAAUAUUAAUACUGGCCACACAAGGUGUCCUGCUGAUUCUGGGUACAGUUGGACUGAAGGUAGCCCUGUCUACACUUUUACGUGUGGCAGAUGAUGCACACAUAGGAGAGAUAUUCAGGAGCAAGUUCUCAGAUUUCAAAAAUUUCCACACAAUGUUGUACACUUGUGCAAAGGAGUUUAACUUCAUGGAGAAGGAGACACCUGAGAAAGUACUGAAGACGUUGCUGGCUCCUUCUGUUGCUGUAGCUGUGGUGGCUGUCAUGUUCCAGUUACUGGAAAGGGAGUAUAAAAUGUGGAACGCUGAUACAAAGAAGCAGGCUGAUUCAGAUGAUCCUGAGGACAAUGAAAGUCAGCACAGAGGCAAGCCACAUGCAGAGCUGGUGUACCACCUGUUCCAGCUGCUGGCCUUCACUGCUAUGGCUGUCCUCAUCAUGCGCCUCAAGCUGUUCUGGACGCCUCAUAUGUGCCUCAUGACGUCACUGCUAGCCUCUCGUCAGUUGUUUAGCUGGAUUGGUAGCAGAGAAAGGCAGUUGGCGAUUGUAUUUCUUGUCUUGGCCGGCAUGAGUGUCCAGGGAAUCCAAAACCUACAGCAUCAGUGGAGCAUUAUGGGAGAGUACAGUAACUAUCCCUUAGAGGAGCUGGUGGAGUGGGUUCAGACCAAGACACCAAAACGUGCUGUAUUUGCUGGUCCAAUGCCAACAAUGGCCACUAUAAAGCUGUGUACCGGCCGACCAAUCGUCAACCACCCUCACUAUGAGGACGCUGGCUUACGGGAGCGGACAAAAGAUGUGUAUACCAUGUACAGCAGAAAGCCUGCUGAAGAAGUGAAAAACAUUUUCAAAAAACUUAAAGUCCAGUAUGCUAUUUUGGAGGAAUCCUGGUGUAACCGACGCUCAGGUGUGGGGUGUUCCAUGCCAGAGAUCUGGGAUAUUGAGGACAAGGUAAAUCGAGGAAAACAGCCGUUAUGUCAGAAGCUUCUUAUUAACGCUGAGCCUCACUUCAAACGAGUGUUUAGGAACGGUGUGUAUCAAGUGUUAAAGAUAACGUGACAGUAAGACUGGAGGAAAAGAACUGAUGUGGAAAAAGACUGGAGGAAAAGAACUGUCAUUGAAAGACAUAAUAAAGCAAACUUACACUCAGGCUUGCCAAUGGAGGGAGGGGAGGGACCAGUAAGACUGGAGGAAAAGAACUGACCUGGAAAGACAUAAUAAAGUAAAAUUACGCUCAGGCUUGCCAAUGGAGGGAGGGGAGGGACCAGUAAGACUGGAGGAAAAGAACUAACCUGGAGAGACGUAAAGUAAAAUUACACUCAGGCUUGCCAAUGGAGGGAGGGGAGGGACCAGUAAGACUGGAGGAAAAGAGCUGACGUGGAAAGACAUAAUAAAGUAAAAUUACACUCAGGCUUGCCAAUGGAGGGAAGGGAGGGACCAGUAAGACUGGAGGAAAAGAGCUGACGUGGAAAGACAUAAUAAAGUAAAAUUACACUCAGGCUUGCCAAUGGAGGGAGGGGAGGGACCAGUAAGACUGGAGGAAAAGAGCUGACGUGGAAAGACAUAAUAAAGUAAAAUUACACUCAGGCUUGCCAAUGGAGGGAAGGGAGGGACCAGUAAGACUGGAGGAAAAGAGCUGACGUGGAAAGACAUAAUAAAGUAAAAUUACACUCAGGCUUGCCAAUGGAGGGAGGGGAGGGACCAGUAAGACUGGAGGAAAAGAGCUGACGUGGAAAGACAUAAUAAAGUAAAAUUACACUCAGGCUUGCCAAUGGAGGGAAGGGAGGGACCAGUAAGACUGGAGGAAAAGAGCUGACGUGGAAAGACAUAAUAAAGUAAAAUUACACUCAGGCUUGCCAAUGGAGG